AGGCUGAUGAAACUAGUCAAGAUUCAGAUGGUCACUGUGUGUGGUACGGGGUUUGCUAUACAGACAAAGAUGAUUUAAGUAAAAAUUGUGUAUAUGAUGGCCCUGCCAAGCCACUUAAUGAUAAAGAAGCCAUUAGUAUACUUAAAAGGCGAUGUCCGUAUAUUUCGCCAAGCGCCACUUGUUGCGACGCCCAACAGAUAUUUGAGCAAGAAAGUUUUGUUUUUGGUCAGCAGCCCAAUGUAUAAACUAUUCUUUGAAUAAUUUCCCCUAAAAAAUAACUAUGCUCCAACUCCUGGAUAGCAAUCUCCUAGCUGUACAGUCUCUACUGAGCAAAUGUCCCUCCUGCAUGGAUAACUUCGUUUCUACGAUAUGUCACUUCACCUGUUCCCCAAACCAAUCCAAAUUCGUUCGUGUAAAUUCCACUCAAGUAAAUCCAACAACGAAAAAGAAAUUCAUCGCAGAUAUCGAUGUAUAUUUGGAUAACACCUAUAUGGAGGGUGCUUACAAUUCCUGCAAGCAAGUUAGCGUGCCAGUGGCUGGAACAAAGGUAAUGGACCUUAUGUGUGGCCAAUAUGGCGCCGAAAAGUGCAAUGCUCUGAGAUGGUACCAGACUAUAGGAGAUCCAAAUUCACCAGGUGUACCAUUCCGCAUCGGAUUCAUCAAUGCUAGUGGUCCUACCAAUGGGUACAUACCUCUUAGUGCUGAUAUAGUUCCUUGUAGCAAGUCUGUAGAUGGUAAGUCACCACCAUGCAGUUGCGUCGACUGCGAAGACAGCUGCCCAGUACCACCUCCACCAACCCCUCCCCCAAUACCAUUCAAAAUCGCCAGCCUCGAUGGUUAUGUUUUCAUCAUGGUCAUCGUAUUCAUGAUCGGUUCCUCCCUGUUUCUUUUUUUAAAUUUUAUAUACAGCAGAAAUUACUCAGUGUUUACAGGAUCAUAUGAAGUUGCUGUAGCAGAUACAGAAGCGAGUCCUCUUCAGACACCAGUGUCUACCGAACAAGUACCCGAGAUGAAAACUACUAAGCCAAUGGAAGCCUUAUCUUUUAUUGAAAAAUUGGGUGCAAGCUUCGACAUAUAUUUACAAAACACAUUUGAGAAAUGGGGAACGUUUUGUGCUCAGAGACCGCUGACUAUUCUCUUACUAGGAACUCUGAUGGUGAUCGGUUUCGCGUAUGGAAUCAGAGAUUUAAAAAUUAUCACAGAUCCAGUGGAACUCUGGGCAUCUCCAUCUUCUAGAAGUCGCGUAGAAAAAGAUUUCUUCGACAGUCACUUCGAACCGUUCUACCGUACAGAACAAGUCAUCAUCAGAGCAAUGCAUAUGUCAGAAAUCACCUACAAUAACUCUGAUGAAAUACUGAAGUUUGGUCCUGCUUUUAAUGCGACUUUCUUAAAAUCUGUUCUGGACUUACAAAAAAAGAUACAGUCCAUUGGUGAAGGAAGUGAUCACAGCUUGGACAGGAUAUGUUUUGCUCCGUUAAGAAAUAACUGCCAGAACGUGACCAAAGUGUCGGAAUGUGUCGUACAGAGUAUCUGGGGAUACUAUAAAAAUGACGCUGCGAAUUUGGACAGCGACUAUUUGAAUACAUUUAUCUCUUGUUCAACAAACCCCUAUGACUGUCUCGCACCGUAUGGAGGCCCUGUUGAUCCAGCUAUAGCCCUUGGAGGUUUUUUGGAACCCGGACAGAACUUGGCCAAACACGCGGAUUAUAAAAAAGCUAACACUGUCAUACUAACGUUCAUCGUUAACAAUCACCACAACAAAACUAUGUUAUCUCAAGCCUUACAAUGGGAAGAAAAAUUUAUUAAGUUUAUGAAAAAUUGGACUGCGACGGAAAAACCUGAAUAUAUGGAUAUCGCGUUCACUUCUGAGAGAUCCAUCGAAGAUGAACUAGAGAGAGAAAGUCAAUCUGAUGUUGUAACUAUUCUCAUUUCCUACAUGAUCAUGUUUGGUUAUAUCGCUAUAUCUUUGGGACAAAUAAAUAACUGGUCUAGGCUUUUAGUGGACAGUAAAAUAACUCUGGGUCUUGGUGGAGUUCUUAUCGUACUAGCAUCAGUAGUGUCAUCAGUUGGUAUAUUCGGUUAUAUCGGUAUCCCAGCCACCCUUAUCAUCAUCGAAGUGAUCCCCUUCUUGGUGCUGGCCGUAGGAGUAGAUAACAUCUUUAUUUUAGUACAAACCCACCAAAGAGAUAGCAGAAAAUCGAAUGAAACUCAUGCAGAACAUAUCGGCAGAACUUUAGGACAGGUUGGACCGUCGAUGCUGUUGACCAGCAUUUCUGAAAGUUGCUGCUUCUUCUUGGGAAGUUUAUCUGAUAUGCCAGCUGUUAAAGCUUUCGCUUUGUAUGCUGGUAUGGCGCUGAUGUUUGAUUUCUUACUCCAGAUCACUUGUUUUGUCAGUUUGAUGAGUUUGGACAUUCAACGGCAGUCUGCCAACAGGUUUGACAUAUUCUGUUUCCUUCGAGCCUCGAAAAAAAACGAACCUCACUCAACUGGUGGUCAAGAAGGUCUACUGUACUCCUUCUUUAAAUAUCUUUAUGUACCAACAUUAAUGAACAAAGCUGUCAGAUGUACUGUGAUGGUUUUGUUCUUCGGAUGGCUGUGUUCUUCUAUAGCUGUAGUUCCCCAUAUUGAAAUUGGUUUAGACCAGGAGCUGUCGAUGCCGGAAGAUAGUUUUGUGUUAAAAUAUUUUAAGUACCUGAAUGAAUAUUUGAGUAUGGGACCUCCAGUAUACUUUGUCGUAAAAGGAGGACUUAACUACAGUGACAUCGAAACUCAGAACUUGAUAUGUACGGGUAGAUACUGCAAAAGUAAUUCCAUAGUUGCUCAAAUAUAUGCCGCCAGUAAGGUUCCAGACGAUACAUACAUUGCCAGACCUUCUUCCAGUUGGAUAGACGACUACUUUGACUGGGCAGACAAUCCUAAAUGCUGCAAAAAAUAUACCAACGAUAGCAGCUUUUGUCCGCAUAAAACUAAAGGCUUUGCGUGCAAACAGUGCAACAUCAAAUUCGACGGUCCAGAAAACCGACCACUGCCAGAAGAUUUUAAACGAUACGUUUCGUUCUUCUUGAGAGACAAUCCAGAUAUAGAUUGCCCUAAAGGAGGUCACGCCGCAUACGGUCAAGCAGUUAACUAUAAAACUAAUGCUACCACCAAAUUAUCUACUGUUGGAGCUUCCUACUUCAUGACUUACCAUACAAUUUUGAAGACUUCGAAGGAUUUCUAUGAGAGCAUGAGAUCAUCGAGAAAGAUAGCAGCCAAUCUCUCAGAUACUGUUGCGGUUGAUGUGUUUCCCUACUCAGUGUUUUAUGUGUUCUACGAGCAGUAUUUGACGAUGUGGUCAGACACACUUUUCAGUGUUGGUGUAAGCUUGAUGGCCAUCUUCGUCGUAACAUUUCUCCUGAUGGGCUUCGACAUAUUUUCCAGCGUGGUAGUAAUAAUUACAAUUACGAUGAUCCUAGUGAAUCUAGGAGGCCUCAUGUACUGGUGGCACAUCACUUUGAAUGCAGUCUCUCUAGUCAAUUUAGUAAUGGCAGUAGGAAUCUCCGUGGAGUUCUGCUCCCAUCUGGUUCACAGCUUCUCAAUGUCCAUGAAGCCCACUAGAUUGGAGAGAGCUGCUGAUGCUCUCUCUACGAUGGGCAGUUCAGUGUUUUCGGGUAUUACGCUAACGAAGUUCGGUGGUAUCAUCGUGCUAUACUUCGCCAAAUCGCAGAUCUUCCAAGUAUUCUAUUUCAGAAUGUACUUGGGAAUCGUACUAUUAGGAGCCGCUCAUGGACUCAUAUUCUUACCAGUUCUACUUAGUUUUAUAGGUAAGUGUAAUAAA